GAUUGUUGACAGCGCAGAAGGUCCCCUCUGACUGAGGGCAGCUUUACGAUCAUUUCACUUUUAUUUCUCGGCCUCUGAAGUGAUUUUCACAGGCUGUGUGUGUUGCCAGGUUAGCCACUCAGGUACACUCAAAUAUGCUGACCUGCGUGCUCACGAAGGAAGAGCUGCCGGUAUGAGCAACAAGCAGCUGGCUUAGGAAAAAAAGCGCUGUAGUUAAGACACUGAAGAGUGCAGUGUGCGGACGGUGAGACAAACAUACCACCUGGUGCUUUCUAAGGACGAAAGGAUGAACUGUUUGCCUCUCAUUCUUUAUCUAGUGUUACUGCUUGACUAUGUGUUCAGUUCCCUUCCUGCUCCGGUCAAUGUUUCUGUCAUCUCUGUCAACUUCCACCAUGUCCUGCGUUGGGAUCCUGGACCUGGCACCCCACCAGGAACACAGUACAGAAUCUUCAAGAGGGUGAAUGGGAGGAAAAAGAAACAGCGAUUGAGCUCAGUAUCGACAACAUCAUUUAAAAUGACCUUCAAGAAAAAAGAGCAUCCUGUCACUUAUUACCUGACUGUCCAGGCGUUCUACAACCACACCUUGUCUCCAGAGUCCAGCAAAUACGCUUUUAGCCCUUACACAGACACCAUAAUAGGUCCUCCAACAUUCUCACUGGCUGGAUGUGGGAACUGCAUCCAAAUGAACAUAUCACUACCAGAGGCUGACAGAAGCUCAGGAAUCGAUGAUAUCCUGAGAUUCUACGAUGCUCAUUUCAGAGUCUUGUUGAGGAGAGACAAAAAAGUGGACUCCGACUGCGAAAUAAGAAGCAAGAGUUACACUUUUAGCAACUUAAAGGAAGGUGUGGAGUACUGUAUACAGGUGCACACAAUGAUUCGUGUGAACAGAAACACUCAGCCAUCUGCUUGGAAAUGCACCUUCACUAGCAUUGUGGAACCACACAGAGACCCUCUUAUUUUAGGUGGAGUUGCUGCUUUUGUGAGUUUAGUUGUGGGUAUCCUGAUGACCUCCUUGUCUUGCCUCUACUACACUGGAUUUCUCUGUAAAUUCAAGGCACCUCUGCCUGGAGUGCUAAUUCCGACUCGGAGAAAAGGCUGCACCCUGACCCCAGAAGAGACAACCACAGACCCGGUCCACAUUAUCCUGCCGACAGAGAAACAGAGGGAGCACAACAAUCACACAAUGCCACAUCCUGCCACUGUGGAUAGCGAGGAGGAAGAAGAAGUGAUGAACGGCUACAUGUUCAGAGACACACAGUUUUCCUCAGGUGACAGUUUGUGCUGGGGGAACAGCAAGGCAGCUGUGUCAGAGGACUAUAAAUUGUCAGCUGAGGUGGAGAUACCAGACACAGAGUUUGAUGUUGGGGUCGUGCAUGAGGGUCUUGAUGAAGAUGAAGCCGAAGCUGAAGACGCAAAGGUUUCUUUCACGCCUGGAGAGGGUCAAAAUGGACUACAGGAUCACGUCACAGGUGAGGAGGAGGCCGAGGAAGAGAUGAACGAGGAGGAGGAGUGGUUUGACAGCUCUGGCGAUGUCAAUCUGUUUUCAGUCACCCUCUCUGCACUGUGUGUAGAUGAGGAAGAGCAGAAUACAAGAGACUCUCUCACAGACCUUUUGAAACUAUCUGAUCUAGAGACUCUGCUGCCCACCAUCCCAAAAGGGAUUUUGAACCACACAGACUCACAAACUGAGUCACAUGAUCAGACAACUGUGGAGUUAAUACACACAUGAAGACUUUUACGAGGCUUGGUGUUAAGGCAGGCGCGCAGACACCUCUUGGUACAUCAAAAUCUGUUUUAGUAAGACACCACAUGUGAGAAGCACAAGAAGAGGAGGUGGAGGAAGAGGACAAAUCCUUCACAAAUAUGGCACACGCGAUAUUUGCUCUGAUGAGUAUUGUGUUUGUGUAUGUGUAGUGCAUUUGUUACAGGCAGGUACACUCCCUUCUAUAAAAGGAAAAGUGCAGCUGAAAUAUUUGAUGAAGUUAGAGAGGUUUGGUUUUGUUGUUUUGGUCUGUUCUCCUGUGCUUAAGGAAAGACAGGGACGGUGUUACAUUUCCGUUACAGGUCCAUCACCAGCAAACUUCCCACAUCCACAUCCUUUGAAAAGAAAUUGUUUCUCAGUACCAGCACCAAACAAGCCAGCACGGGUCCAGAAAUGGGAAGAAAAGAGAAAUGUUUUAUAUGUUUCAUAUAUUUGUAUAUGAAACAUAUAAUGUUUAAAAGAUACAAAGUAAAAAAAAGUAUUCUUAGCACUUUGUAAAUGUACAAAUGAGCUUCAUUUGAGGUAGUGUUCAUGAGUGCUGAAAGUCCUGCUUGAGCCUAUGGUUCUGUUUAAUCUUCGGUCUUCUCAUUGUUUCUUUAUUUCUGUAAGGUGCUCCGGAUAACAUGCUUGCAUGCAAAUUCAUCCUGUGUUAAUAGACCUCUUUCACAACAGACAUUUUGACAUGUCAUGGCAAGAAAACCGCAGGUGUAAUUAAAAACAGUUACAGGGUCUUGCCGUUGCUCAUGCCUGCUCAGUGAAUAGCUUACUGGGAGCCCAGUUUUAAAAAUUGUUAAAAAUUGGUGGGAUUGCUGUGCAAGUGUUCCCACUGUUUGCUCUUCAUAUAGUCUGUGGUCCAACGUUAAGCUCUCCCACCCUUGAGAAAAACACAAUGUGGGCACUUUUAAAACUGAGUCCUGAGACCUAUCUUUCCUUGUUAACUGCUGUUAGAAACUCAUACCUGCAUCUGUUUGAGGAUGCAGUUCAUUUUUCUGAUAGAAACUGUCCACUGAGACUUUAGUUUUACAUUUUAUUACAUUUUAAUUCUAUUUCCAGCUUUGGCAGAAUGUCAUUUCAGCUCCCAGCUCCUGUUUUACAUUUCAGCUUCAACACGUUUCACUUCUUUUCAGUUUAUAUCAGCAUUGCUUCACAGCACUUCACUUCAGCCAUCAGCAUUGACACUGCAUUUUCUCGAGGAAAUGCAUUUUCUAGUUAUUAUCUUUCCUCUACUUACUUUUCUUUGCAAUGUGUUUCAGAAUUCGUGGACAGUUUUUCCCAUAGAAAUGAAUGGACAGAAUAUUCAGAGCUUAGUGUGGGUGAUCACACAGACUUGGAGAAAAAUUUCUGUUUAACUUGUCCUCAUGGCCACAAAUUUCAUUCCUCAGACUUUUUUUUUUUUUUUUUUUUAGCAGCAACAUCGGGCAAAUGUGUACAAUCACAUCUGUAUACACAAAUCUGUAUACAACACACACGGGUUUACACACACUUCAACAGUUUUCACUGCAAACAUACAAACACACAGACACACAAAAUCAUGUUUAGAUUGCAUUUCAACAGAUGUUUACCAAGUAAACCAAAAUAAAAAGUGGUCAUUUAUUGGAUAUAAAAAUCACGCUGUUUAGCAGCCAGCAGUAAGAACAUAGUCCCACUACAUGUUCUCCAGGAAUUGCGUAGCCUAAUUACACCUGCACUUUUCCUGCUAUGACAAGUCAACAUGUCUGCUGUGAAAAAGUCUGUUAAACCAGCAAGAUGAUGUCACAUUCAUGUCAUAUUGGAGUUGCCAUAAUUAUCAGUUUCUGAUUUGUAAAUGGCUCAUGUUCGUGUUAAUAUGUUAAUAAGUGUGACUAAUAUCACGUUUUUUCCGAGUAAUUCCAAUAUCUAAUAUCAAGUCUGUCCCAUAAUAACAGCUCAGAAACUGGGAUAUAUCCUGGGACUCACAGGCCUGGCCUGAAAAGCCAAACAAAUAAAGAUGCCUCAUGUUAGCCAAGCCACUGUAAAUAAAUGCAAAUUUCAUACGUUUAUUAUAGGGGCCUUUUUAAUAGCAGACAUUUUGACUUGUCAGUGCAGGAAAAACACAGGCAGGACUUGUAAUAUUAAUGAUGGCUCUGUAAUAUUUAAGUGUCCCAGUAAGUCAUCACAGUGAGCCAGAAUGAACAAUAUAGGACCAUGAAGCAACUAAAUGGAAUUCAGACAGAUUCUAACCUGUUUUUGAAUGUAAUGUGUUCACCAGAAUCAAAUAAGUAAAUACAUUUUCAUAAUAAAAAAAGAUUAUUUUUAGUGAUGUGCUGUGCACAUCUGUGAGAAGUGGAAAUGGAGGCACUAUUCAUUCAUUCCAAAGCCACUGUUUGAUCAUACUGUAGAAUAUUUUUAUAAUGUUAUAAUAUUAUUGUAAUAAUAUCCUGUUAAUAAAGAACAGUACUCUGA